CUAGGAGCUCCCCUCGGAGGAGCCGGCCGGGCCGGGCGGGCGGGCGCUUUUGUCCGGGUGGUUCUGCCCGCGGCUGGGGCAGACGCGGACCCGAGCCCGGGUUUCCUGCAGAAAGUUUCAAGUGCAGCAAAAACACGCCGCAAAACUGGCCAAGGAGGGACCUCUGCUGUACAUGCAUCAUGAGUGAACCUGCCUCUAGUGGAAAUGGUCAAGAGUUUGAUGUUUUUAGUGCUAUGGACUGGAAGGAUGGCAUAGGGACUUUGCCAGGAAGUGACCUGAAGCUGAAGGCAGACUACAGCUGCCCAGGGCUGAGGCAUUUUCUGUUCAGAGUGAAUGAAUUUGGGGCCUUGGAGGUGAUCACGGAUGAAAGUGAGAUGGAAAGUGUUAAAAAAGCAACUGCUACCACAACCUGGGUGGUUCCAACUGCUCAAGAAGCCUUUUCAGAAAGGACAGGGAUCUCCACGAGGUUGAAGGAAACUGCAAAAAUGGACAGCCUUGUUUUCUGUGAAAACUGUUACCACUAUGGUACCCUGGAAGAGUUUGUUCCUGAAGGGAGAUUUUGCAGCCAGAGAUGUGCCCAGCAAGGGAAGAACAAAGAAGCAAAGGAGGAGGAGCCCAGCCUGGAAUGCAAUGGGGAAGAUGAUGCCAAAGGCAUUCGGAAAAGGAAAGCAAAGUUGCCUCUGAAGGAAGAGCCCAGGGAGAACGAGGAGAAGAAAGAGAGCCCCGAUGAGACUGAAGACAGACCUGAAGGAAGGAUCUUGAGAGUCUCACAGAGAGCCAGAAGGAAAAGGAAAGGAGAUAUAACAGUUUUGAAACAAACUGUACCCUCUAAAGGAAGGCAAGCUUGGUGCUGGGCAUCCUACCUGGAGGAAGAAAAGGCCAUUGCUGUACCCACUAAGCUUUUCAAAGAGUAUCAGUCUUUCCCAUACAACAAGAAUGGAUUCAAAGCAGGGAUGAAGCUGGAGGGUGUGGAUCCUGAGCACCAGUCCAUGUACUGCGUGCUGACGGUGGCUGAGGUUUGUGGCUACAGAAUACGGCUGCACUUUGAUGGGUACCCAGACUGCUACGAUUUCUGGGUGAACGCUGAUUCCUCAGACAUUCAUCCUGUGGGCUGGUGUGAGAGGACAGGUCACAAGCUUCGUCCACCUAAAGGAUAUAAAGAAGAACAGUUCAGCUGGCCCUCCUACCUGAAGGCAUGCAAGGCUCAGGCUGCUCCUAAGUCACUGUUUGAAAACCAGAAUGCAACAGUGAUCCCAUCGGGAUUCCGCGUGGGGAUGAAGCUGGAGGCUGUGGACAAGAAGAACCCAGCUUUCAUCUGCGUGGCCACGGUGGCAGACAUGGUGGACAAUCGUCUCCUGGUGCACUUCGACAACUGGGAUGAGAGCUACGACUACUGGUGUGAGGCAGCCAGCCCACACAUCCAUCCUGUCGGCUGGUGUAAAGAGCACAAAAGGACUCUCAUUCCCCCACCAGAUUAUCCUCAUGCUAAGCAUUUUUCUUGGGAGAAGUAUUUGGAAGAGACCAGUUCCUUACCUGCACCUGCAAGGGCUUUUAAAGUGAAACCCUCUCAUGGCUUUCAGAAAAACAUGAAGCUGGAAGUGGUUGACAAGAGGAAUCCUGUGUUUAUCAGAGUAGCAACUAUUGUAGAUACUGAUGACUAUAGAAUAAAAGUCCAUUUUGAUGGCUGGGAUAGUAUUUAUGAUUACUGGACUGAUGUAGAUAGCCCUGAUAUCCAUCCUGCAGGCUGGUGCACAAAAACAGGACACUCUCUUCAGCCCCCACUCACUCCCUUGGAAUUGGUGGAAGCUUUAGAGCAUGGAGGGUGUCCCACAGCAGGAUGUAAAGGAGUUGGGUACAUCAAAAGAGCAAGACACAUCGGGCACCACAGUGCAGUCAGCUGCCCCUACUCUGAGAUGAACCUGCACAAAGAGAGACUCGUCCCAGACCGGCUGAGCGGGAAGAUGCCUGUGGCCAGCCCCGUGCCCAGGAGCAGGAGGGUGGAAGCCAGCGAGGGAUCCACCUCCCCUCUCAUCAAUGACAGAAAGUGCCCCAGCCCUGGCCACGCAGCCGUGAAGCCUUCAGCUCACAAUCAAGCACCACCUGGGAAACCUGUGGCUGAAACAACGAGGCAAGAGGAUGCAGAAAGUAGAUCUCCUUGCAGGAAGCCCCUCCUGUGUGAUCUGAAAGAGAAGAAGGCACCUGGUGGACCACCACAAACAAAGGACUCCAUGAAGAGCAGAGAAUGUGAAGAAGAGGGGACAGAAACGAAGCUGCUCAUUGCCAGUGAAGUGAAAGCUGCUGAAGAAGCCCCCCCGCAGCGGCUCCUUUCUCCGCCUGUUAUCCUGGCUUCCAAGCUGCAGAUCCCAGGCCUGCCCCUGCGCUGGGAGCAGCAGAGCAAGCUCCUGCCCAGUGUGGCUGGGAUCCCAGCCAGUAGAGUGUCCAAGUGGAGCACAGAUGAGGUCUCUGAAUUCAUAAGGAGUUUGCCAGGAUGUGAAGAACAUGGCAAGGUGUUCAAAGAUGAGCAAAUUGAUGGAGAAGCAUUUCUGCUAAUGACCCAAUCAGACAUCGUCAAAAUAAUGAGCAUUAAACUGGGACCAGCCCUAAAGAUCUUUAAUUCCAUCCUGAUGUUCAAAGCUGCAGAGAAGAACUCCCACAACGAGCUCUGAAGGCGCCGCAGGUGUGCCGGAGCCAGCGCUGUCCUCUGGAGCUCACCUUCUGUUCAAAGCACAAAGACUGCUGCCGCUGCUGCGGGAGGACUCUCAGAGAGGAAGAAGCAUCCCUGCAGCACUGCUGGGCUGGAGAUGGCCUCCUGGAGCCAGCACACCUCUGAACCCUGCUGGGGGAGCGUUGGAGCUUCUGAGAAGGUGGCUGUGGAGCAACCCAUGGAGUGUUGGGCUCCCUGGCCCCCAAAAAACCCAACCAAAUGAGGCUGCCAGUAGCCAGUCGUGGCUAACGCAGCUCUGUGCCAUAGCUUCAGAAGGAAACCUUUGAUGUUGCCCGAGUGAGGCUUUCUGCUGCAGCAUUUAACUUUGCAGAUUCUAAAGCUGUCUCUUUGCCUGUGACAAAGCCAAACCAAACCUCCUCGGGGUUCCAGCUGUACUCCUUUUUUUGAUAACUGAAUGUUUUUACCUUUGCACGAUGACAAACGUGUCCUGUGAGUUUGGCCACCAGCAUCUCCAAUGUAUUUUACCAAAAAAGUAAUUAAAAGAGCAUUCUAGAGAAGGCUGCAACUGAAAACAAAGAAUAAAAGGUGGACUGCA